AGGACAUAAAGAUAGAGAAAUGCUGAUUAGAACGUAAAGGGAUACUGUUGUGCAGAUGUUUUGGAAAAAACUGUCUCCUUUUUGUAGUAAGAAAUGAUAACUCUCUCAAAGAAGAUUAAGGAAGAAAGGGACAAGAAGGAGAAGGUGAAAAGUACUUCUGGGAGUCCCAAAAUUUCGAGAAUAUCCGUUCGAGAUAAGUUACUUGUCAAAGGUAGGCUCAUAUACUUCAUAAGACAUAGAUCGUUGUUGUAACUGAACCAAAUUUAUGAGUUCAAAAAGCUUAUAUGUCCAGGUUACUACCUAGCAUUGGAAGCCUAGAUUUUUAUUGCAGUUUUCAUGUUUUGUCUAAUUUUUGCUAGUUUAUGCUCACACUCGAUACGCCCCGGUACUUGUUUUUGUUUUUCCGCUUUUAGAAGUGACAGAACUGGAGGAAAAUGCGCUUGGUAAGAGCUAACUAUGAGCCUUAUGUGCUGUAAUAUCGAUGCAAGUUUGGGAUCAUUAGGCGUUUCUGGGAAACUGCCCACCAACCCCUCCCCUAAGCCAACAUUUUGCCCUAAGUGAGAAGUAAGUGUUGCAGUAGUCUUAGGGGAGAGGUAGGUGGGCAGUUUCCCAGAAAUGUAUAAUGCCUACAAUCUUGUAAGAAAACGGUCCUUGUAAGUAAAUAUGCAUACGUUUUGUGAUGUUUAUAAUUAAAUAAACUGCUUAGACAGUUUUUUGUUUGAUAUUGUCCCCUUGGUUGGGAUUUUUAUCAAUGCAGAGGUAAUAACAAGCUAACUUAUAACUCUAGAACAAUGAAGACUUGAGAAUCUCAGAAAAUAUACUGUUUAGAUUCCUUGUGGUCUGCCAAGUCCUGAGGGAAUGGUAUUUAGCAUUCUUGUAUGUGCCCCUUCCCCACUCGGAGGAGUGGGGUGGGACUGCUCCAAAGCACCUAAAGAUACCAUAUUUACUCAAAUGAUGGAAAGAUAGAAAACUUGAGCCUUGUAAUGCAUAGGGGAAAGAUUUGGUGACAGUUUGAAAAUUGUACAAUUUUCAAGGAUUUUUUGGGGGAAAACUGCUAAACCAUGACUCGGUGGCAAGAGUUUAUUUCCCCAUACAAUGCUUCUAAUUUUCGGCAGCCAUUGCUAUCACUAAUUUUGAAUUACACAGCUGAAAAUUUACAAGGUAUUUUUUAUGCUCUUUCAGUUCGAUCCUGCUGAAGUCACUUUCAAUCAAGAAUUGAUUUACAUGUUUACAGAAAGUUGAUCAUGUGAUAAACUAUUACAAAAGGCCUAUUUCCAAGCAUCCUACAUCCCAAUAUGGCUGACGAUCAUUUUUUCACUUUUGUUAUUGUCCGGAUUGACACAACCUCAUGUACACUACAAACACAAGUGGCUACACUUGCACUUGCACAGUGGAAACUCAGUAUAAUGAAGGUUCAAGGGACUACCAAAAUUUGUUCACUAUAACAAGGUUUUGUUAUGUUGAGGUUCUUUUUAAAAUAUUUUACUACUACUGGGGUAAAGAAAAUCAUUCGUUAUAUCAAGGUUCCACUGUACUUGCAUUGAGUAGGGGUAUGGGAGGUGCAGUGGUGAGCGUACUCGCCUCCCACCAAUGUGAUCCAUGUUCAAAUCCCAGCCUGGAUGUUGGUUGCCUCCCUUGCUAAGCAAGGUUUUUCCUCUUUACUCCUGUUUACCUCUCUCCUCCAGAACCAUGAUCUGGAACAAACAAACGGACUCAUUUAAAUAAGUUCUUAAGAACUCAUAAGUGCUCUAUGCUACAGGCAAAUGAAUUAUUACGAUAACAAUUAUUCUUACUAUUUACAUGUUUUUGACAUACAUUGUCUUGGGCCUGUCUUUGUGUUUGCUUCAUACAUGCAAGUCAGUCUUCAAUUCAGUGAUCUUAUCAUUAAUUUUUUAGUCUCACUUCUCUUUUUAUGACAGAUUCUUGCAAAGUUGAGUUUAAGGACCCGAAUGUUCUUCAUGAAUUCACUCUCACCAUAACUCCAGGUAAGAAAGUAAACCUUUUCCCUUCAUUUUCUGUUCAGACAUAUUGUACUGUAUUCAUCAAUUUUUAUUUUCUUAAUUGGAAGGAGAAGGCUACUGGAAGGAUGGGAUUUUUAUCUUUCAUGUCCUUAUACCAGAGGAUUAUAACAUAAAGGUCAGCAAAAAGUGAUAAUACUUUAUUGAAGUUGGGGUAUUUGUUUAUCAGUCUUUUCUACAAGCUCUUCCUUUUUAUGUCUUUUUCUGGUGUCUAAGAUUAUCUUGUGAAGGUUCAGUUAUUUCCCUAUUUCAAUUUUUAUUGGGAUGCCUUUGGCAUGUAGCUUAAACAAAAAUUAGGUUUGUCGCCUCUGUCCAUAAAAGAGAAAUGGUGGACACAUGACCCACAAUGCGAUAUAGAAGUGACUAUGCAUGUAUUCAGCAUGCAAAAAGUAUGAUUAUAUCUCUUCCCUUUUUCCAAAAUAUUAUACCACUGCAUACACAAACAGCCCAAGGUACAUCUUUAUAGGCAUCUAGUUAUUUGUCUCCUUUGCAAAAUUAGAGAGUCUUAGAACUGUGCUCUAACAGUGCCAAGUGCUCCCUCUCAGCAAGUUAUGGGUGUUAACCCUUUAAGCCCUAAGAGUGAUCAGCAUCAAAUUUCUCCUUGUAAUAUCAAUGCUUUGUUAAACAGAUUGGUCAUGAGAAUUACAGACGUGAUCACACAAGAUAAAUUUUCUUGAUAUUUUAUCAACUUCUCCCCAGUACUUCUGUAGGAAAUAAAUAGGGGCAACAAAUGAGAAUUCAAAUUUUGAUCUUAGGGUUUAAAGGGUUAAAGGUUCAGUGCUUUAGGCUCCUUACAAAUUAAUAGCACAGCCAAAAGUCUGAAGAAACAUAAAAGUGAUUAAUUUCAGUUGCAAAGACUUCAAGACCAUCAGGCAAAAUGUUGGAGAUUACCAGGACAAGAUAGAAAGAAAAGUGCAAAUGAGUCAGACUACCAAUGUAUGACAAAUUAUGUCUAGAUUUUGAGAUCAAACCAAAAGUUUCCAAGACCAACCAUUUGCCUUUCCACCACCCCCUAGCCUAGUAAGCUUGUAUGGUCCUGUGGUAAAUGUAUGCGUCGUAUAAUCCAUUAUCAUCUGAUGAAUGAACUAGCAUCCUAUCCUGGGUAGGGAUGGGCAAGGGGGGGGGGGGGGUUGUAAGAGGGCAUCAUUUUACUGAAUUCAAUCCACAGGGGGCAUAGUUUACCAAAAGUUCAUGCUAUGAUGAAUUCUUUUUCAGCCACCACAUGUCUCGUGUGAAACAAAAAUUUGGCAUCCAAAUAUAAGUGAGAAUGGUGAAGUGUGUUUAAGGUAUGUGGUUUGUGAAUGAUGUUUGAAACGCAUUCUGUUUGGUAUUUUGUUCUAAAAAAGCUCGUGGAUUUGAUUAUAUAAAUUAAUAAACCUAUUAUUAUUAUUUUUGACCAUUUGUUGACAAGUAUAAACAUAUUAAUUCCUCGUUAGUUUUGGCUCUUUUUUAUUUGAAAUUAAUGUUUAAUGUUUUUUUUUUGUUCAGUUUGUUGAGGGAACACACACUUGAUGGUUCUGGCUGGGCUCCAACUAGAAAAUUAAAGGUACGUAGUUAAUACUUUAACCCCCAAAAGUGACCAACACCGAUUUUCUUCUGACAAUAACGAUACAGAAUUAAGAAAAAAGGUUAUUAUUCAGAAAGAGAGAAUGCAUGAAUCUUUAUCAAAUUCUCUUCAAUAAUUCUUUAAGGAAAUGUAUGUUCUCCAGUCUAAAGGUCUAUACUCAGAUAUUUGUUGAGGUCAUUUGGUGGUCACUUACAGGGUGUCCCAAAAGUUCAUUCCUCUAAUUUCAUGCACUAUAACUUUUGAUCAAAACUUUAUUUUGACAUCAAAUUUCUAGAAGAUCUUUGUCUCUCUGUCGAGUACAUGUAUUCAGAAUUUCAGUAACUGGCAUGCCCUUUUUGUUUGUUUUUUUUUUAUCACACUCUGUAGCCAUUGCGUCAUGAAGUGGGAUUGCGUGUAGACCCACAGAUGAUCCAUUUUGAGCUUUUUUAUCACCUGGUGCGGCAGCAGCCAGUUCAGCCCCUAAAUAAUAUUUGUUUAGUUUAGGCAGCUGAAAAAAAAUAUUUUGGGCAUUCAUCCAAAAAAGAUAAUCAUCCCAGCCCCCUAAGUUCCGCAGCAAGGCUUUUGUACUUCUUUACAAAUUUGAGACGAGCUGGGCGUUACUUAGCAGAUUAAACAGGUUUUUUUUGCCAUCUCAGGGGCCUCUAAUUUUAGUAAUUUUAAACAUUUUAAUCAGCUUUUCAUGAUCCUUUCUAGACUUUGCUUGCUAACUAUGUGAGAGCUUCCUCGUUGAGUCUCCUAUUUUCUAUCUAGCCUUCUUAAAAACUAUUUUAGCUGCUUUAUUCAGGACUCUUGGUCUUCUCCUUAAUUUCUUGCCUUCAAAAGCUUCAUUCCUCCAUGAUCAUUUAAUCACCCAACAUUUGGAUUUUUCCAGUUUUUUAGCAGUUUCUUCAACAGAUAAGCCAGUAAAUCGAAGCUUAUGCUCUCACAUAGCGGAACGUUUUUGUGUUGAAGAGGUUUAUCUUCUGUGAUAUGCACAAAAAACAAGGAAGGAGUUCGAGCAAUUUGGGCUAUAAAAUACAAAAAAUAUGUGGCUGGAAAAUAUACUCGCGUACGCACACCUUUAGCACGGAAGCACACAAAUCGAAUAUUCGCAUCAAAAGACAGCACAACAAGGAUGAAAAUAGUGAAUUAGUUUGAAAGCCACAACUUUUGUUUAAAUGAUUUGCUUACCAAGUCCAAUCAAACUGAAAUACAGACUUAUAACGUAGAGGAACGAACUUUUGGGACACCCUGUAUACCAUAGUAUGUUAGUAUGUUUGUGUGUAACAAUUUUGUUUAUGGGUUUACGACACAUUAGUUCCUUUGUAUGGUACUUAAGUUGAUGUGCAUUUAAAAAGUCGCACCAACAUCACACCUUAAGCAACAGCAGCAACCUGGGCUCUGAAAAUUAAUACGUUAAGUCCCCAUGCUAAAAAAACACCAACAACAAAAACUCGGUAAUCCUGCCUUUAGAUGACAUCACAGGGCAAGAUUUCAUAUCAAUAGAGUUAUCAGCAGUAAUUUUUCUUGUGAAUUAAUUAAGACUUCCUUCUUCUUACCUUAUUACUGUAAUUAUUAUUUCCCAUAGGAUAUUGUCUGGGGACUGAAUUCUUUGUUUACUGUAAGUGCUUUUCAAUGUUAUUAUUCUAGUCUUAACUAAUAAACAAGCUUAUUCCCAAGGGUUCUCUUCCAAGGGUUUUCAUUAAGAAUCCUGGUAGCAGGAGAAAGGUGUAAAGUUACAGGACAAAGAGGCUUCAUGUUUGAAUAAAAAAUGGUCAUAGGCUACUGAACGUUAGCUGAAGAAUUCUGCGUAGUAAGCGGAGAAUUCUCUAAUCUCCGAUGCCUAAUGAAAACCCUGUCUUCCACUCAAUUCCCAGGGGGCAAGUAGGAGAGAUGCUGGAUAUAAAGGUUUAUAAAGGCAUUAGUGGGGCUAUGUCAUACUAUUUGUUAUAUUUUUAAAAAGCUAAAACUUUUUGUAGCAAUUGAAUUCCAAAAAUAAUAUUGUCGUGGUUUGUUAAUUAAGACUUUAUUAAUUUUUUUUAGGCAUUGAAACUGUGUUUUGUGAUUUACAGUGAUCUGGGAUGCAUCUUGUGAAAAAUCAUGAGUCCCAGUCCGGAACCAUUGAGUCCGAAAUUGAAAAUGCUUGUACCUUUAUGUAACCAGACAGUUAAUCUUGAGACAGAUGCCAAACCUCUUUAUUACAAUUUACUGUUCAAAUUAAAAUAAUAAUAGUCCCCCUAUAUAUUUAGGAAAUGGAUAAAUGGAUACCCCCCUCACUAACAUUAGGUAUUGCUGGUUACUUUGUAUUUUGAAACCAGGACUUGUUAAACUUUGAUGAUCCACUAAAUGUUGAGGCGUCAGAGUUGUUUUUCAAAAAUAAGGUAAGAGCUCCUAUUGCUAUUUCUUUCAGAAUGCUCUUUUUACAUUUUGAUAGCUUGACUAAUGCCCGCCAACUCUUAAGCCUUCAGAUUGAAAACUUCAAAAUCUCAUGCCAAAUCUUUCCAUCAGAGUGUGAUUAACAAACUCAUACCUGGUGAAAAAAUUUGGCCUGACACAUUUCCAAAAAAUUUAUACGUCCAGCAUAAGUAAAUUCAAACCAUUCCAUAAAAAGAAAAUGACAUGUGGACAAUCAUACCUCCCCAGAAAUCUAUGAUAAUUAUAUUAACCCUCCAAGUCAAAAGAAUUAGAUGUACCCACAUUAACUCCUAACAACACCAGUACAGUUAUAGUCAAGAUAAUAAACUGAUUACCAACGGGAAACUGUUUUAACAAGCUCUCUCAGCUAACCUCAUAAGAAAAUGUAUGAAAAUCAGUCCAGAGAGGCUUGUGAUACUGUUGCUCUGAUUCCUAGCCAACACAAUACCCAAACCAAAAAUAUUAUUAACUUUCAACAGGAGUCAUUUCGAAGAAGAGUAGAGGACUACAUCAGAUUGUAUGCAUCACCCAGGAGAUAACAAAUGUGCAAGAUUAAUUAGCAAAAACAAGUAUUGUGUCUUAAAUAUAGAAAAAUUAAUGACAAGGAGACCGAGUUGUAAACAGACAACAGCUUCGGAGAAGGAAAACUUGGAAGGGUGAUAAAUUUUGAAUCUUUUUCUUUUUCUGAACUUCCAAGACAUGUGGCUGAAGCCAAAAUACAAGAUGCAGAAACUGCUCAAAAAGAGAAACCAAGGCUCACUAUUUUGUGAGACUUUCAAUACUUUCGCCCCUGUAAAUACACCUGUAGGUUAAAUUUGUACAAUAUACAAACAAAUCGCUACUUUUUGCUGGGUUUUUGGUGUAAGUGAGAAAGACGCAACGCGAGACUAGGCUUUGAUUCUGACUUUACUGACAUGAGUCAUUUAAUGUGAAUAGGACAGUGUACAUUGAUGAUUAGUCAGUCGGUCUGUCUUCUAAUAUGGAUGUAUCCUAGCUACAUCACUUUAAUUGUACUAAAGUUUCUGGGUAAGAACGUGUCUGCCCCUCCAGAAACAAAAAGCCACCAAAGAAAACACAUGUUAAAUUAGCCAAAAAAAUAAUUGGAAAGAUAUUCCUUUUCUUAUUCCAUAUCUCCCCUUAGGAAAGAUUAUAGCAGAAAUAUACAUUAAAACACCGUGUCUCAUGUUUAAUAUAAUUUAAUUGCAAAUGCAUUGUAAGAAACUAUGUGAUAAUAAUUUUGUG